AUGACUGGAGUCUUUGACAGUCUAGUCUCAGAUAUGCAUUCAAACCAGAUUACCUCCAACAGUUACCACCAGCAUCACCAGCACAGCAGCCUGCACAAGUCCCAGGAGUCCCCCACCUUACCCGUGUCCACAGCCACCGACAGCAGCUACUACACCAACCAACAGCAGCAGCACGGAACAGGCGGAGGAGGAGGCGGGUCGCCCUAUGCACAGAUGGGUUCUUACCAGUAUCACGCCAGCGGCAUCAAUACGGUUCCCUACUCCGCCAAAGCCGGCUACGACCUGGGUUACACUGCCACUUACAGCUCCUAUGGACCCUAUGGAACCAGGGCUUCCCCGGCUAACAAUGAGUCUGAGAAGGAAGAAUGCGAGCCCGAGGUCAGGAUAGUAAACGGGAAGCCAAAGAAAGUGCGGAAACCCAGGACGAUCUAUUCCAGCUUCCAGCUGGCCGCUCUACAGAGGCGUUUCCAGAAGACCCAGUACCUGGCACUGCCCGAGCGAGCUGAACUGGCGGCAUCCCUAGGCCUCACCCAGACGCAGGUGAAGAUUUGGUUCCAGAACCGCCGGUCCAAGUUCAAGAAGAUGUGGAAAAGUGGCGAAAUCCCCUCGGAGCAGCAUCCUGGAGGCAGCGCCUCUCCCCCCUGCGCUUCGCCCCCGACCUCGGCCCCUACCUGGGACUUUGCUCCACACCAGCGCAUGAGCAGCGGAGGAAGCUCCGGAUCCAGCCCCAGCGGCGGAGCUGCCGCUUUCCUCGGUAAUUACUCCUGGUAUCAUCAGGCGGCUAACUCCGCUUCUCACCUGCAAGCCGCUUCUCCUAUCCUGCAGCAAGCGCAGCCCCAUCACCAUCACCACAGCGCGGCCAUCAGUGCAGGGACGAUUUUCUAA